AUGCAGCAAGAGGAUUCCUGUGAGAGAUCUCGUGACUUGAUUUCGAGAGUAAAGGACAGCAGCUUUCGGCUGACUUGCGGCCACUGUAGCAGGGAACUAAUCGGACAGGUCGAGGACCUGAUCGUCGACGCACACGGCCUUCUGUGCCUGAACAGUACCGUCGGCGAAGGGGACGAGAGCAGCAACAACAACUGCACCGACACCGCUGUCUGGUUCCUGAAGGAAGGGCUCUGGCCUGACUGGAUUACACAGCAGGUAGACGAGUCUGGCUGGACGAAAGGUCGACUUAGUUGUUUUGCGUGCAAAAGGCGAGUUGGUGCGUUCGAUUUUGUACACGGCGGACAGUGCGGGUGUCCAGAAAAGCAACUGAGGCCGCCGGUGCAGUUGACCAAAGCCAAGGUGGAUUUGAAGCGGCGCUAG